UGGGAUUUAUGGGCAUUUGGUUCGGUUUUUUUUUUUCGGUUCUAUAGGUUUAGGAUUUUUGCAGUAUUUAGAAAAUUAUGUUUGGUUUCAAUUCAUUAUUUCAAUUUUCGGUUCGUUCGGAUAACAAAGUUAGGAACCGGCUAAUAUCCAAGUUAAUUUUGGAUAUCAUUUGGUUCAAUUUUUGUUCUAGUUUUUUGUCAAAUCGGAUUAAAAAGUAGAAAUUCGGAUUUUUGAAUUAAAUAUUAGAUAUUUCAGGUUUUUGAUAAAAAUUUGGAUAAUUUUAAAUAUUUGAAAAAUGUAUUAUGGAAUUCAUUUUUGGGAUAUUUUGGUUUAUAAAUGAAAUUUUCAAAUUAUUUGAUCAUUUGAAAACUAAAUAAAGUUAAUAUUUAGAAGUAUGUAAACUAUAUACAUAUUAUAGAAAUUCAGGUAUCUAUUCGAUUUCGGUUCGGUUUUGAUUUUUCAGUUUUAAAAUUUAGGAUCCAUUCGGAUAAUUGAUAAGAUAAAAAUCUGAAUCGAAUCUUGUUUUUCGUUUCGAUUAUGUUUGAUUCGUCGGUUCCAGAUAAAUGUGUUCAACCGUAUUGAGUGGCGUGCAAACAUCUUGACUUAAAGUGUGUGCAUUUACUACACAAUUAUGUAGAAAUAUUUUUUAAAGCAAAGUUUCAAAAAAGAAGAAGAUGCUUUAAAGCAGUGCCUUCACUACAAGAAAACGUAGCAGUAACAAAGAAGAUUUAAGACGAAACUAUUUCCUCGUAAAUUUGUAAGGUGUUUACAACGCAAUUACGACGAGACCAAAAUUUAUCGUAAACUCCAUGGAACUUUACGACAAAACUGUUUCGUCGUAAAGUCCAUGUAAGUUUACGACGAAAGUACGUGGAAAGCAAAAAUAGUCGUAAACGUUACAUCGACAUUACAACGAAUCAUGUUACCGUUAUAUUUAGGUGAAAACGUGUAUUCAAUGUGCUUUAACUUACCUAAAUUCGUUAUAAUGUCGUUGUAAAUAUUAUGUUAAAACCAUGUAAAAUCCAUGUAAAACAUUCCUUGUAAAAUCGUUGUUAUAUUUCAACUACCCAACUCGAAAAUUUCUCUAUAUAUAUGUCAUUUCUCACAACUCUCUUCCUCACAACACACAACUCUCUUCCUCACAACACACAAACGGAAAAAAAAAAUCAGCAAAAAAAAAUUUUCAAAAAAAAAUCUAAGAAAAAAUGGUCGGUGGCGGUAGUAUUUACGAGUUACGAAGUUGGAUGUAUUUGCACAAAGAUUCUAACGGGAGGGUGACGAACGCAUUUCUGAACGGGCUAGAGACAUUUAUGCACCAGGCGGGCUGUACACCGAUCACGCAUGAAAGCGGUAAGAUGUUCUGCCCAUUUCGAAAAUGCUAGAAUUCAAAAUUUGCACGUAGUGAAACUGUAUGGAAUCAUUUAGUAAACAGAAGAUUUACACCACAGUACUACAUUUGGUAUCAACAUGGAGAGAGUUAUGGGGGAAAUAAAGAUAGUAGUAGUAAUAAUAAUUUUGAGGAUGCUCAUCAUAAUGAAGAACCGAAUCAUGUGCAUAAUGAAUAUAAUUAUCAUCAAGAUGAGCAGAUGGUAGAUCAUGAUAUGGUUCAAGAUAUGAUUAGUGAUGCAUUUUUAGAAACAACUACAACAAUAGCUGAUAGAACUGGAAAUGUAGAAGAACCUAAUUUCGAUGCAAAAAGGUUUUAUAAAAUGCUAGAUGCUGCAAAUCAACCAAUCUACACUGGUUGUAGAGAAGGUCUCUCUAAAUUGUCUCUUGCAGCUAGGAUGAUGAAUAUUAAAACGGAUCAUAAUUUACCUGAGAAUGCAUGGAUGCAUGGGCAGAGUUGUUUAAAGAGUAUUUGCCAGAAAACAAUGUGCUGCUGAAUCUCAUUAUGAGAUUCAAAAAUUGGUUUAUAGUCUUGGGUUACCUUCGGAGAUGAUUGAUGUUUGCAUCGACAACUGCAUGAUCUACUAGAAGGAAGAUGACAAGUUAGAAGAGUGUCGAUUCUGCAAAAAACCACGAUUCAAACCGCAAGACCGUGGGAGGAAUAGGGUACCGUACCAAAGGAUGUGGUACCUACCAAUUACAGACAUAUUGAAAAGAUUAUAUUAAUCUGAGAGGACUGCUGCGUCGAUGAGGUGGCAUGCUGAACAUGUCCAGAGAGAUGGUAAGGUUGCACAUCCAUCAGACGCAAGAGCGUGGAAACAUUUCAACAUGGAACACGCAGAUUUUGCUACAAAUAUUGGCAAUGUCUAUCUUGGGUUAUGCACCGAUGGAUUUAGUCCAUUUGGAAUGUUUGGUAGACAAUAUUCUUUGUGGCCAGACAUUCUUACGCCGUACAAUUUACCGCCAGAUAUGUGCAUGGAACAAGAAUUUCUAUUUUUGACCAUAUUAAUCCCUGGGUCGAAGCAUCCAAAACGGUCUCUUGAUGUUUUUCUUCAACCGUUGAUAGAAUAGCUAAAGCAAUUGUGGUCAGAAGGGGUGAGGACGUACGAUUGUUCCUUGAAAAACAAUUUUACGAUGCAAGCAGUUCUGCUGUGGACGAUAAGUGAUUUCUCUGCUUAUGGGAUGUUGUCUGGCUGGACAACAUAUGGAAGAUUAUCUUGUCCGUAUUGUCUUGGAUCGACGGAUGCUUUUCAACUGAAGAAUGGUAGGAAGAGUUGUUGGUUUGAUUGUCAUCGUCGCUUUCUUCCACUUGCCCAUCCGUACAGAAGAAAUAAGACAUUAUUUCGGCACAAAAAAAUUGUCAGAGACAGUCCUCCUCCAUAUCUCACCGGCCAGCAGAUCGUAGCGGACAUUGAUUAUUACGGAGCUCAAGAAACAGUUAAGGUUGGAGGAAAUUGGCAUGUUCCUGGAAAUAUGCCUGAUGGGUAUGGUGUCUCUCACAAUUGACAUAAAAAGAGUAUAUUUUGGGAGCUACCCUAUUGGAAGGAUCUUCUCUUACGCCACAAUCUGGAUGUCAUGCAUAUUGAGAAGAAUUUUUUUGAGAACAUCAUGAAUACAUUACUUAACGUCCCUGGGAAGACAAAAGAUAACAAAAAGUCAAUGAUGGACUUACCUGAUAUUUGCUCAAGAAGUGAGUUACAUAUCAAGAGCAAUUGAAACGUUUCUGUUCCCAUCUUCUGGUUGUCAUCAGAAGCCAAAACAACCUUGUUUGACUGGGUUGCAUCGGAAGUUAAGUUUUUUGAUGGUUAUGUUUCAAAUCUGUCAAGAUGUGUUGAAAGAGGUCAAAAGUUCUCCGGAAUAAAGAGUUAUGAUUGUCAUGUGUUUAUGCAACGACUGCUUCCAUUUGCUUUUGCCGAGCUCCUUCCAACAAAUGUCCAUGAAGCACUUGCAGCCAUCAGAGCAUUUUUUAGACACACGUACGUUCAAGGAAGAAGUCAUCGAACAACUUCAUUAGAACAUUCCGAUCAUAUUGUGCAACCUCGAGAAGAUAUUUCCUCCUUCAUUUUUUGACGUCAUGGAACAUCUAGUUGACCGUAUGAAGCAUUGCUUCGUGGACCUGUUCACAACGGAUGGAUGUAUCCGUAUGAGCGACAGAUGAAACAUUUGAAGGGGAAAGCAAGAAAUCUUGCAAAGGUAGAAGGUUCAAUAGUUGCAGGGAGUUUGACAGCCGAAACAUCUAACUUCAAAUCAUACUACUUUGCUUGAACUUUUCGUACGAGAAAAAGAGUUCCUAGGAGAUAUGAUGAUGGUGGAGUACCGACAUCAUAUCCAAUUGAUGGUGUUCCUGACAUUUUCUGCGAAAUUGGACGGUUUGGUGGUAAAACGAAAGAAGUAUGGUGGUCAUGUGAAGAGGAUAAACAUAGUGCCCACACUUAUAUUCUGCUCAACUGCGAGGAUGCAAUGACCCGUUACUUUGAAAGGUAAAUAUUUUUGUGAAUGUUACUUAUAUGAAUUUAAGUUAAUUAUGUAUGACUUGAUUAUUUGUUUAAUUUGCAGCAUGUUUGUAUCUCAAGUUGAAGAAGCAAUACCAGGAAUAUCUGCAACUGAUGUGGAGACACGUAAAGAUAAGCACUUUGUCAAGUGGUUAAAAUCACAGGUACGUAAUAUAUAUCUUAUAUUCAUUAAUUAAGUAAGUGUUUUGAUACUUCAAUAUUAAUUAAGAAAAUCUGCUUUUUGCAGGUUGAUUAUCACGAUCCAUAUUAUUCCGUAUGGUUUCACGAAUUGGUUCAAGGUCCAGUUGCAAAGGUCACCACAUCACCUAUGUAUUUCACACGAGGAUUUACCUUUCACACAUACGAGUAUGGAAGACAUCGGGCAACGAGUAACUACGGAAUAUGUGUGAAAGGUGAAACAGACUUUUACGGGAUAUUGCAGGAGAUUAUUGAAGUGGAAUUUCCGGGGUUAUUGAAGCUAAAAUGCGUCCUCUUCAAAUGUGAAUGGUUCGAUCCUGUUGUGAACUGAGGGAUUCGGUAUAACAAAUUUGGUGUUGUGGAUGUCAAUUAUGGGAGAAGAUACAACAAAUUUGAGCCUUUCAUUUUAGCUUCACAAGCCGAGCAAGUUAGCUUCCUUUCUUAUCCUCGGCUUCGAACUUCCGGGAUAAACUGGGUAGCUGUUAUCAAAAUUACACCUCGUGGACGCAUUGUCGCUGGAGAAGAACCGCCCUUGCAAGAAGAAGACGCUAUCACUGAAGUUAAGGUACCAGAACAACCAACUGAUGAAAUCCUUUUGAUCGACCCGCAAAACUUUCAAUAUGAAGAUAUUCCCGAAGAUGCGAUAGAUGAAGCACGUGAAGACGAGUUCGACAGAAGCGACGAUGAUGAUUGUAAUGAUAGUGAUGAGAACGAAAACGAUUUAGAGUGAUGUAAUAUUGAUGAGAACGAAAACGAUUUAGAGUGAUGUAAUAUAUGUAACAAAUGUUGUAUUUCUUUAUUGUAACGUAUGUUUAAAGAAAUAUUGUUUUUUUACCAUCUUAAUGUAUGUGUAACAAAUGUUGUUUUAUAUAAAUUUUCAUCUUUAGUUUUUAAAAAUUUAUUUGGAAUUUUAGGGUUUAAGUUGGAGAAAGAGUAAGAAGUAGUAAAAAAUAAGAUAUGAUGUUAGAUGAUAUGUGACUUUGGGGUUUAGGGAUUUCAAUCUCGGUGUUUAGGGUUAAGCGUCGUAAAAUCCUUGUAAAAAUAACACGGGCGUGGUAAUUUCGUCGUAAAUGGAAAAAGACAGGCCUGGUAAAUUCGUCGUAAAUGAGAAAACGCGAACCUGGUAAAUUUGUCGUAAAUGGAAAAGCCUGGUAAACCUAUUCAACGUAAUUUCGUCGUAAACCAAAAAACACGGACCUGGUAAUUUCAUCGUAAAUGGAAAAACACGAGCCUGGUAACUUCGUCGUAAAUGGAAAAUCGCGGGCCUGGUAAAUUCGUCGUAAUAUUACGUCGCGUUUACGACGAAUCAUUAUCUAUAUAAUGAGACGCUGAGAGCGAGGCUACCUCAUUUACACCUCCCAAACUCCUUUGCUCUCCCUAUAAGGUAAACUCUCUUCUCUCUUUUUUUUUUUUUUAAAGUUAGUUUAGGUGAUUAAUUAGAUAGGUAAUUAUUUUAGGUGAUUAGUUAGGUAAUUAGUUUAGGUGAUUAGUUAGGUAAUUAGUUUAGAUGAUUAGUUAGGUGAAGGAAUACUAGUUUAGGUGAUUAGUUAGGUAACGAAAUAAUUUUUUUAUUAUGUCGCAAUUGAUUAAAUUUUUUUUUUUUUUAGAUGGCUCCUAGGAGGAAAUUAGCAGCACCUAGUUAUGUCCAGUUGUUUGGCGAAGGUUCCGGUACAUCUUCUUCCGGUCCAUCGUCUUCCGAUGCAGUUCCAGACUCUCAGCCUUCUCACUCUGAGCCUUCCCAGAGAGUUGCUUGGAGUCCUCCUCCUCCACCGCAGAUGCCUCCACCUCCUCCUCCAGCGGCUGCACCUCAGCCUGUCCCAGAAGGUGCAGUUCAUCCGGAUUUGUGUGUGCCUUCAUAUGCCCCAUUCGCGAGAUAUACUGUGGAGGAUUUGCUUGCCCAGCAUGGUCGGGAGGGCUUGGAUGUUUUAGACCUCGAUAGACCCCGAGGAACUUAUUGGUUUGGGGCUAACAACCGUGUUAACCAGAGCGUUUCGAAGACGAUUAAGCGUUAUUACGACUGGGCAUAUCCGAACUGGAGCAAGACACCAAAUCACGUUAAGAUCACUUGGUUUAAAUGUUUUGCGCAAAAGUGGCAUUGGUCUUUGGGAAUCACCGAGAGGGUGAAGGCGGAAUUCGUUGCAAAGGCAAAGAUCCGCCUCUGCAACACAGUCUCUGAUUGGAAGGACAAGUGGGAGAUCUACGGGUAUGAGGGAAAGCUCACUGAGCUCACGAAGGAUGUGUGGGAUGGCCUCAUCGCCUAUUGGCAGCACCCCUCUUCGAUCAAAAAGGCCAAUUUGUGGUCGGCUUCUCGAAGAACGAAGGAUAAAGAUGGUCAUUUGACCAUGCUUCACAGAACCGGACAAAAACCUCAUGCAGGAAUCCGUCUAGAAGCUUUCGAGAAGACGGGAGUCUUACCAUCUCUGUCUGACCUAUUCAAGAUGACUCACGCCACAUCCGACAGAGUUUUUGUGUAUCCUGCAUCUGAAAAACUCUUCCUAGCAGUUGGUUCUCGGAUUGAAGAACGGGAGAUGCAACUAACCCUGGAGUCUCCCGAUGGAUUAUCCGUCACAUUGUCCACCGAAGACGCCGACAGAAUCUUCGAAGAGGUGGCUCCUAAAAAGAAGGGACGAAUAGUCGGUAUAGGCUAUGUUAACGAAGUUGCAAGGGCAACUUCGUCAUACACUUCGAGACGGGAUGAAAAGACUUCUCAGAUGAAAGCUCGAAUGGAUAGCCAGCAGGUUCGUUUAGACUCUCUUGAGGAUUUGCUAGAUGUGAUGGCCGUGGGAAACCCGGUUAUGCAGAGAAUGUUGAGUGAAAGACGAGCCGCUCUUGGGUUGCCAGUACGAGAUCCCCAGGUCCGAUCCAACCCGUCAACAGCCAAGUAACCCCACCGACUACUUCGAUGAUAUGUAGUUUUUUUUAUAUUUCGGUUUGUAUUAUGAAUUUAAAUAUUAUUGUAUGACUUCUAAAUGCUUUUUUAAAAUAUGUUUUUUAUUUUCAUAUUUCGUUUUAAAAAUUAAAAUUAUUUUAAAUUCUGAAUUUUAAAUAAAUUCAAAUUUAGAUUUGAGGUUAAAAAAAUAUUCAAAUUUAUAAUAUAUAUUAAUAAGAAUCGAUUAACGUCGAAAGAUUUACGAGGGUUUUACAUCGAAAAGUUUACGUGUUCUUUACAACGAAAGUAUUUACAUCUGCUUUAUAUCGAAACCGUUACGUGGAAUUUAUCACGAAAUAUUACGUCUCGUUUACGACGAAACGAUGCCCUGCGCUUUACGAGGAAUAUAUUUCGUCGUAAACGUAACAAGUCAUUUACGACGAAACCUCCGUAACGACAGACGUUUUACGAUGAAACGUUUUUCGAGGUUAAUUUGUCGUAACACCCCGUUUAUGAUGAAUUUACAACGUAUAUUACCCUCGUAACAAAAUAUGUUUUCUUGUAGUGCUUUUCUUUUUCUAUUGGAGGAAGAGAAUACAUGGUGAAAGUUUGGGUAACGUCCUGAUCCAUUAAUCGUACCGAUAUAUAUAUCUCUACCACAACGACUUAUUUUAGAGUGCUUAUGUCACGCUUUGCCACUCGAAUGUUUAAAAAUAUUAUGCUCCAUGUUCCGGAUAAUAUCGUUCAGUCCACUCGUAAAUUCUACAAAACAAGAAUCAAACAUUAUUUAAAAGCCACAGUUUUCUUAUAGCAAUAGAUAAUUACCCGCACUCUGUGCAGAGUGAUUUAAAAAAAAAAAUACUUAAGUAUUAUAAACAAUAUAAACAUUUUGUUAUCAAUAAUUUUUUUACGUUUAAUUAGAGGUGGACAUAUUCGAGUACAUUUAGUUCGAUUCGAAUCUUUGAAGAUUUGGCUCGGUUUGGAUCUUUGCAGGUUUGGUUCAAAUUUGGGUUCGGAUAACCUACUUAAAAAAAAUUUCAAAAAUUAAAGUUCAUAUAUACUUUAAAUUUUUCAAAAACUAAAAACUAAAAUAAUAUAUAACAUAUAAUUUUGAAUAAUGUAUGCCAAAAUACUUAAACUUAACAUAAAAUUGGUUUAGCUUAAAUAUUUGGAUAGGAAAUCAAUAGAUAAUUUGAGUAUUUUAGGUAUUUUAAGUAUUCUUUAGCUAUUGUAAACAUGUACUUAUAACUAUUUGUAUAUAUUUCCAAGUAUUUUGGACAACUUAAAAACGUAUUAUAUAUUUUGUAUUUUCCUUUAGUUAUUAAAUUUUAAAAUAAUUAAUAUAUUUAAGUAUAUAAAUCUUGUACGAAUAUAUUCGGAUACCUAAAAAUAUUACGGUUUGGAUCGGGUUCGGAUCCGGUUCUAUAGAUACUAAAAUUUUGAAUCCAUACAGAAAUCUAACCAAUUUUUGUUAAAGUUCAGUACUAUUCUUUGGAUCGGCCUUGGUUUAGUUUUUAUGGAUUCAGUUUUUUUGCCCAAUCCUAUAUUUUUAUUGUGACAAAAUUUUAAACGAAAAUGAUGGUUCAUACAGAUUUUGGGUAUGCAACAAUUUUUAAACCAAAAUAUAUUUUACUAUGUACAGGAAAAUUUAGUUAAUCAUUAAAACUGUUUUAGGCCCAUUUAAAAAAUGAUGAUGGUUCAUAUCGGUUUUAGGAAAAUUUCAAAAUUAAAAUAUUAAGGUCUCAGUACUCUUUCAAUGCAAAUUUCAAAAUUAACAUAUUUAUAUAUUUUUAAAUGGUACAUAGUUUAAUUUAAAUGAUAUUAAUAUAUAUAUAUUUAAUAUGAAUAUCUAUUAAAUAAAAAUUCAUAUUAAUACGAUUGUAUGAUCAUUUUUAUCUUGUUAUAACAAAAACAAUUAAGCCAUUGAUUGCAAACUUUUCAAAGGGAUUUUUAACAUUUUUUUGUAAUUUAAAGUCAUUUACAAAAUUCAAAAUAUAACAUAUAAGGAAAAAUCUAAUUUCUUUUAUUAUAUGGUUAAUGUGAUUGUUUAAUUUCUUUUAAUAAUAUUAAAUUAAACAAAAAUGAGGAAGGAUACAAAAAUUAUUAUCAAAUCUUUAUUAUUCAUAAUUAUUAAUUGCCAUACAUAUGUUAAUCAUAUUAGGUAAUUCCGUAGCUUUUAUUUAAGAAAAUAAUAUAUACUUUUUAUAUUUUGAGUUAAUAUAAUAUUCUCUAGUAAUAAGAUUUUGGACCAACAUUUUUCAAUUGAUUCUUAAGCUGUCAAGUAGGCAAAAUUGAUAUCGUAAUUAAGUGACACCUAAGCCGGAUCUUUUUUAAUUAGUACAAACUUAAGGCUAUAACUUUUUAAAUGACACUCAAUUAAUAUAUAGGGGAUUGGAGAAUUCUAGACUCUGGGCAUAUAAUAUCUCAUACAAGCAAAACGAUUUUUUCUUGUACUUUUUUUUUAAAACUUAAAACUGUUUUUUAUUUGGACGAAUAAUCUCUCAUACUAUCGAUCAAUUUUUUAUUUAGUUUAUAAUUUCUGAUUUAUAAAUAUCCUUCAAUCGAAUAUAAAACAUAAAAAUGUGACUAUUUCUGAUUUUUUUUAUAAUUUAUAUAUGAUUUUAUGUUCAAAUUCUUAUAUGACUAGUAUUAUUAUUCAUUUGACAUUUGACAUCAUCAGACAAUAAAAAAAUUGUUUCUAAGUGAAAGAAAAUUUUAAAAGUACUCUUAUUAUUGUCUUAUAAGUAACUAACUUUCUUUUUUUAAUAGAUAAUUUUGUAUGUUAAAAAAGCAUGACCAAAAAUAGAUACAAAUAUUUCACAUCUAUAUUUAGGUUUAAGCUUUUACAUAUUAUUUUUACAAAACACAAUAGUAUUUACAUGAAGAGUAUUACCUUGGUAUUUUCCUUUAAUUUCUUGAUACAACUCAACUUUUUAUUAUCCUUAUUACAUCUUAUGAUGCUAACAUAAUUUUUAAGAGAGUAUUUACAUAUUAUGAUAAACAAAAAAAAUUGUAUCAUAUUUUUAAGUUCUAA